AUGGGGGCCAACAACUCAACAUGUUUACCGUGCAAGGUGGCUGGAAGCAAUGCACGCCGGAACAAGCAACUUAAUGCUCAGAUUCUCAGCAACCAAAUCCAGGUUCUGAAGAAGGUAUCGACGGCGGCAGAGCCCCAGGGAGCGAGUCUAACACCUCCGGAGGUGGCUGUACCACGGGAUCCCUCUGCCAAUGGAACUUCUACUAACGGUGAGUCACUUCAGAGACGCAGCGACACCCUUCGCUUACAAGGGUCGGCCAUCGGACAAACACAGCCAGAACAUCUUCAGCAGCACACUGAAGGCCAGGGGCUGCAACAGGUUGAAGAGCUGCAGGAAGAGCCGCCAGUGCAAGAGGGGGAAAUCCGCCCAGACCAGGAAACAGACCGAAACUCCAAAGCGAAAUGCUCACUGGAUCUAUCCUCGCCUCCGCCAAAGAGAUCAAUAACAGUGGUGGAGCAGCGUCCAAAAGACGGGAGUCCGAAGCCACAGCAACACAUCCACGUCCCUUCUCACAUGCUGGCGGCUGGAUGCGAUGCGAUUUGCAUACAGCACCAGGGCACUCAACAAGCGCUUCUUAGCCCGCAUAGCUGCUCAGUGGCCCACAGAGUAGCAGCUGCCCUCAGAGCAGCUGCUGGUGAACGUGCAGCUGCAGCUGCAGCACGCGCAGCACAGGCAGGCGAAGCAGCCAAAACAGUGCCAAAGAAGCAUGCGGGGCAGCGUAAGGAGGCCAGUAGCUUCCAGACCCAAUCAUCUGCUGUAGGGUGCAGAGCGCUACGAAUUGCAACGGGAAGUAGUGCAGACAGUACUUUAGAAAAGCAGGCUAUCCCUGAACAAGAGGAACUGCGUCCACUUCCACAGAACAGCUGCUUCCCCCAGGUGUCAUGUUUCUCCUCUAACGAUGAAGGCGCCAGUGAAAUUACUGUCAGGCAACAGGCGGAGCACUGCCAGGCAAAGGCUGUGAGCAUCUCGUCACCGGAGCAGUCUCUCAUUUCGGCGGCGAAGUUGGUAGGCGAAAUGUUUUCCGGAGCCGCUGCAGCUGCUAUGGCGAUGGCCUCCUCAUCGCCUGGGCAUAGAACCUGUGACAGUGCAGAACAGUCAUUUGCGACAAUUGGGGACAGUUGCCUUGUUUCUGGUGAGGGAUUCCCGCAAGCAACUGGGACGGGCGAUGACAAAGGCGGAGAACUGCACGAGGGUGCAGUGGUUCUGCUGGGGGCGGUGGACAGAGCUAUGGACGCCAUCACCAGCGACGAAUUUAAAAAACAGGCAAGUAGCGAUAAUUCCGUUGCUAGCAAGUACUCUGGCAGACGUUUAGGUUCUUCUACGAUGCGUUGCCAUGAUUGGCUCAAAUGCGCUGCAGGCCGUCACACUGCUGAGCCAAUCGAUAAGUGUUGCAGCAUCUGUGGUGGAGGCGGUCAAGACUUGUGGAGACUCAACACAGAAACAGGGUGA